UGUAGUAGAGUGAAGUGUCAGAGUGCCUAUAGUUUAAGGUAGUACUCUGCUCUUUGACAAAGCGAAAAGCCAUUGACUCUUCACUUUGUCAAUCACUCUUGUGGCCGCACACAUUAUGCAGGCUGCCACAAAAGGCAGAGCAUUUCCUCUGUGUUCCAAGCACAGACCAGAGAAAAAUUCAGAAGAGAGGCCACACUGCUGACUACUAUUGUCAAGAGGGGCAGCAACUACUGCUACUACCACUGCCUAAAGGGGACUGCUAAUAUUAUUACUACAACUUAAAGGGGGCUGCAACCACUACCAUUACCCAAAGGGGGCUCCUAUUACUACAACUAUCAUCUAAAGGAGGUUUCUGCUUUUACUACCUAAAGAGGGCUACUAUUACCACCCAAAAAGGGGCUUCUACUACUACUACUACUACUACUACUACUACCUAAAGAGGGCUGCUGCCAUUACUACCAGAGGAUUACUGAUAAUACUACUACCUAAAGGGGGCUGUUGCUACUAAUACUACUUAAAGGGAGCUGCUGUUACUACCUAAAAAGGGCAGAUACCACUACUAGCUAAAGGGGACUUCUGUUACUAAUACCUUAAAGGGGCUGCUGCUACUAGUACCUAAAGGGGCUGCUGAUGCUGCUACUACUACCUAAAGGGGGCUAGAAGCGAUGGCCCGCUGUGUACUAUAUGGGAGCCAAUGACCAUUUUCAGGACAAAGAAGGAAAAGUGAGAUCAACAAUUCCACAUGUUAUGAAAUGUGACCUUGAAAAAGAAAAUAUGAUGGAUCCAAUAGUCUUACCGCCAGCAGAUUGUAUUAUUAGUUUUGGGCUCCUGGAUAAGAUCAGCAAAGAUCAAGAUGAUUACAUCAGAUAUCUCAGGAAGUUCUCAGGGAUGCUGAAACCUGGAGGACACAUCAUGUUCAUUGGGUGUUUAGAUAUGACAUAUUACACAGUGGGGAAAGACAAGUUCCAUGCUCUCACAUAUGAUGAGGAUUUUGUCAGGAAAGCUCUAGUUGGAGAAGGAUUUGUUAUAGAUUACUGUAAGGUUAAGAAGAGAACAAAUGUGAGUGACCUUACUGACUAUAAGGCUGUGAUAUUCAUUGCAGCUCACAAGGAAAAGUAGGUCUGAGUACAAAAUUACAAAAUGUGUGUGAAGAGUUAAUAUGUAAUGCUAGAAACAGCUUUACAGGAUAUUCUUCUAAGAUAAAAGGUUAUAUAGUAUAAAUAUCUUGUGACUGGGAGCCCUUUUAAUUAUGAGACCUUAAAGGGGUACUCCGUUGGAAACAUCUUAUACCUUAUCCAAAGGAUAGGGGAUAAGAUGUAAGAUCGUGGGGGUCCCACAGAUGUUAGAUCGUGGGGGUUCCACGAUCUCUGGGCUGGCAGGGGCGGCGUCUGGUACACGGAAGUUUGCAGCUUUCAUUUGGGAUGUCAAGCCACGCCCCCUCCAUUCAUGUCUAAGGGAAGGGUGUGAGGACUAGUACAUCGUUGUCACGCCUCCUUCUCCUAGACAUGAAUGAAGGAGGCGUGGUGGCUUGCAUGGCCAGUCAUCGGGCAUGGAGCGAAGUUUGCUCCAUGCGCCAAAUCACAGGGUGCUGCAGCAAAGAUCGCGGGGGUCCCCAAUGAUGGAACCUGUGGUCUAACAUCUUGUCCCUUAUCCUUUGGAUAGGGGAUAAUAUGUUUUCAGUGGAUUACCCCUUUAAUGUAGACUUAUCAUUGUACUGAGACAUUGGCUGAUCAUAUAGGACAUCAGGGGAGCCUGACAUUU